AGAUGAGCGCCAUGGCGAAGGCCGGGCGGUCGCGGUGCUCCGGUUACGGCCCCGCUGCUCUUCUGAGGUUGUUUCCGGUUCUCCUUUCCGGUCCGGGGCCCCGGUUCCGGUUCCGGUUCGUUGGCGCUCGCGACCCCCGCGCCGCUCCCGAGCGCUCACGCGGGCGCCGCCGCCGCCGCCGGAACCGGAAGCGCUCCCGGCAUCCCCCGCGCUCCCCCCGCCGGCGGGAACGGCAUUUCCCGGCGUGCACCGGCAGCCGCCCGCCUCCAGGUGUUGCCAUGGUGACCGUGUUCCCGGCAUGCACCGGGGCCAUCCCGGGGACUACAGCUCCCGGCGUGCCCCGCGGCGGAGCCGAGGGAAGCCCCGGUUCCAGGAUGGAGAGUGCCGUGGGGCACUGGACCCUGCUGGCCAUGCUGUUGUGGAUCCCAUUCCUCAUGGGAUCAGCGGGGGAUGGAGCCAAGGAUGGCCAGGAGGGAUUCCGGAGACACGCCGCCACCUCCGAUGACCUGCUGCUCCGGAUGGGAAGAACCACUUGGGACACGUUGGAAAACUGGGUGGGACCCCACCUCCUGCAGAUGGUGGCUGAGAGCCUCUCCACCACCCUCUGGAUCAUUUCCUCUGGGAUCUCGGCAGCCCUGACCACGCUCUGUGGGAUCCUGGGGGAUCUCCUGGCUGCUUCCAGCAUCAGCGGCCACCGGCUGGUCCGAGCGGCAGCACUGGCUCCCAGAGAAGUCCAGAGAGUGCUCCUGUGGGCAGUGGUCGCCCUGCUGGGCUCCUGGGUGCUAUCCCGGCUUCGACAGCUGCUGCUCCCUCUGCUCCACUGGCUGAAGCUUUUCCUUUUCCUCUGCGCCUUCCUGCACGUGGCCGCUUCCCAGGAGAGCCCCACAGUGCAGGCGGGGAUGCUGCUGGGGCUGUGGGUGCUCUACAGCCUCCUGGGCAGCCUGGUGGCAUCCCCAGAUCCCAGUGCCCGGCUGGAUGCGGCCGUGCGGAGCCUGGAGUGGAAGGUGGAGGAGCUGCGGCGGCGCCAGAAGUUUGGGGGGCCCCGGAACCGGGAGGAUUGAGCCCCGCUAAAGCUUCUUCACAGCUUGGCUCUGUUCUCCCAAGCAUGUGUCCCCCCGCUCUGCUGAGCCCCCCCGUGCCCCCUCCUCUGCUUUCCAGUUCUCCCAGGGGUCCAGGGGGCCCCCCAUCCCUCUGGGAGCACCCCAAUAUCCGGGGCUGUGCCUUGCCACACAUGCUACAAGUGCCUUCACCCCAAAAUCCCCCACGAGCCCCAAAUUCCCUGCUUGCCGGGGAUGUUGUCCCAGCUCAGCUGACUUGGGGUGCAGAGGGGAUCCCAUUCCCCAUCCUGGGGGCUCUGCUUCUUUUGGGGUCCCCCCACUGUCAGGUUUUGAGUUUUAAGCUGCUUUUUAAACGGUUUUGAUAAUGGUUUGGAAUAAAGACAGAUUUAUCCA